AUGGGAUUUAAAUUGGGCCCGUCUUCAACAGAGGGUGCUGCAGGCUUAAUUGGAAGAUGCUGCCGGGUUAUUUUAAUGUCUCUGAUAUUAAUGAACUUUCUAUUAGGAUUAUGCUUAACUUUCCGCUUCUUUCUUGGUUUCUAUUGA